AAUUAAUUUCCAUGGUAACAAGUUGUUGUUUACUAGCCCAAGAAAUGGAUUCUGAAAGUGUGUUUGUGAACUUGGACUACCUCGGUAGCAGUGGAGUGGUGCUCAGCGUGGAGCAGAAGGCAUCGCUACAGUCCUCACUCCUGCUACUCAAGAGAGAGCACAAGUUUCGUCGAGUCAAGCUUUGGGGUGUAGUACGAGGAAUAGGAAACGACUACUUUAUUGCUCAGGGAGUAGGCAAGGACGAGCUCAAGGACAGGAAGGCCCUCUACAGCCAGGAUUGUAUCCUGUGGUCGCUACUACCGCACGCUGACCAAGGCCUCAAACAUAAGUCCUCCCUCAUGCGUGGACGAUUCACAGGAGACCCUUCCUUCGAGUAUGAGACAACAGUGACUCACAGAGUCGGAGAGGGGGACGCAGCCGAGGAGCAGAGCACACAGAUAGAGCUCAAGGAAGAGGAUCGAUUAGCAGCUGUUGUGUCGCGUAUAGAUGAGGAAGUAGCACUGGUACCCAGAGGGGCCUACAUACGAACACCUCUAGGAGAGGUCAUUCUCAACAACUCUUUUCAAGGACUAUCGCUGGCUGAUGCUAAGAGGCUCAACUAUUACAUGCAUUUCAAGAGGUCCAGUGGGGUGGAAGAGGAGAUGAAAAGUAUCAACCAGUCUGUUGAUUUCCUGGAGACCAUUGACAAGGACAUACCCAAAGGCUGCUGGAGCCUUGUGACUGCCAAUGGAGGCUCUGCUGUGAUCUUGCGUAGUCUACUGUGGCCUGGAAUGAUGGGGUUCACUAUACCAUGCUCAAGAACCUUCGGCCACUUCUACUGUGGCAUUGGAGAGAGGAAUCCAGACCUUCUGUUUAUGCUAUAGAGACUCUGUACUAGCACACACUAUUGUACCCCCUUAUGUUAUUUAUGCUGAUUGACUCUCAGAUUAUUAUUAAUUAAUUGAAAAAUGUAAUUCAGAUACUACAAGCAAAACGUGAUUCCAUAAAAAUUAAGUUACUGAG